AUGUCUCCCUCCCUCCGGCCCAAUUCUUCUCCUCCCUCCUUUUCCCACUCCCGUGUGUCACCCAAACCGAAACAGCACAUCCACUUGGGCAAUCUGCCACGCUUCCACCCAGCCGUCUACCAAUCUACCUCAAAUAACUCCCAUCGACCUCCAUCACCCCUUCAACAACGUCCCACACAACCAUAUCGAAUCUCCCCCGGCUCCCGAGAUGUCCUGCGCCAAUACUGUGAUUUCGUUGCAGGUGCCUCCCUCAACCCUCGCAACUCGUCAUCGAGUGCCGGCAUGAAACCUUCAAAGCCACGACUUGAUCCGCUUGGCAGUCCUGGGCCCGUUACGCCUCUAGCGUUGGAGGAGGAGACCAAGGGCGGUUAUUUCGAUGCUGGAAGUGCCAAUUCCCCAAAUUGCUCUGCGACUGUAUCUCCGCAAAAAUUGGUCGAGAAGCUCAUUCAGCAUGACUCGGAGAGGUUGGGGUCCCAAGACUCCUCGAGGAAGGAGAAUAAAGUACUGUAG